AUGUCCGAAGAAUUAAAUUCAAGUCUUGAUUCCCUCGAAUUGGAUUUAUACCACAAACCUAAUCCUCGAAUCAGAAUGAUCCUCAAUUACCUCAGAGCCUAAAAUAUCAGAUUUUGCACAGACCCUAAGAAGAAGGAAGAAGACUACUAUUGUAAAGGAGCUUCACCAGAGAUCAAUCCUGAUCUUGAUUUUGGAAUGAGAAGAAAUAGAUUUUUAAAAAGAGGACCCCAACCAAUUGGUAUCACUUUAGUUUCAAAUACAUCCUGA